CAACCACUUAUUCUCACGUAUUCACCUCUCAUCACGAAGUGAUCCAGUGAGUCCAAUAUCUGGAACGAUCGCCCACGUCACAGUUUCCAUAACGUUCGUGCAAUAUCUCUGGAUCCCCACGUUUGUGAACAGGCAACAGCAUGAUGGGUUCAACGAUUGUCAUCCUUUUUUCAAUGACGACCAUGGCAAUAUUCUGCAACAAUGUCUUGGCAGCUUUACCAACUCAAUGUAAUCCUGGUUUCCUUGAUGAUCUUCCUCCAAGGAUCCGCAAAGUCUGUGUCGCACUUUCCAGGAUAUACGAGCUUGGUUCAGAAAUGGAGAGCUACAUUGAUGACAAGGAAAAUCAUAUAACAGGCUUUCACGAGAGCAUCCCGUUAUUAGACAGUGGAGUAAAAAGACAAGAUGUCGAUCAUGUAUUUCUGCGCUUUGGAAGACGUCGUUAGACAUCGAACAAAUGAUAUUUCGCACAUGAAAGAAUCAAACAGUUCAAUUCAUCGUUCAAGCUAUGAAAAAAAUGUCUGCAGAUCCAUUUCGAGAUUCUUAUUCGAUAGAUUCAUAUUAUAUCAAUUUGUGCUUUUUUCUUCCUAUCGUUGGAUAAUUAAAUCUAUUCGUAAUGAUAAGCAUACAAAAGUAAUGGGUGUCUAAUGAAAUCACGACGAGUUACUUGUGUAUCGUGCGACUUUUAUUUAGAAAUUAUUUAAAAAAGUUCAUCUUUUCUCUCUUAUAAAUAAAUUCUAUAGUGAAAGCAGUAACAACUUGGACUAAUAAAAAAUUAUUUA